UUUCUGGUUUUUGGUGUGGGUGCCUGCUCCGGACUCUAGCCGGAAAGAGGAGAAAAGACGAAAGUCGCUCCUCUGUCACCUGUCCACCUACAUCCGAGUUACUAAGAGAUGGAAACAGAAGGGCCUUUACGAUGUAGUCCUGAUUUUACACGUCGUUUCGAUGGAGAAAAUGGCAAAGAUGUUCAGUUUUCUGCUUGUCACCACUGCUCUGGUAAUGGGCAGGAAGAGCUGGGCUCUAGAGAACUGUCUCCGGGAGCAAGCACGACUCAGAGCCCAGGUGCACCUGCUCGAGACCCGGGUCAAACAGCAACAGGUCAAGAUCACCCGGCUUUUGCAUGAGAACGAAAUCCAGUUCCUCGAUAAAGGAGAGGAGAAUAUUGUCAUUGACCUUGGAGGCAAAAGGCAAUAUGCAGACUGUUCGGAGAUUUUUAAUGAUGGGUAUAAGCGCAGUGGAUUUUACAAAAUCAAACCUCUCCAGAGCCCAGCAGAAUUCUCUGUUUACUGUGACAUGUCUGACGGAGGAGGAUGGACUGUAAUUCAGAGACGAUCUGAUGGCAGUGAGAACUUUAACAGAGGCUGGAAUGACUAUGAAAAUGGCUUUGGAAAUUUUGUUCAAGAAAAUGGUGAAUAUUGGCUGGGUAAUAAAAAUAUUCACUUAUUGACCACACAAGGAGACUACACUUUAAAAAUUGACCUUGCAGAUUUUGAAAAAAAUAGUCGUUAUGCACAGUAUAAACUUUUUAAAGUUGGAGAUGAAAAGAAUUCCUAUGAGUUGAAUAUCGGCGAAUAUUCUGGAACAGCUGGAGACUCCCUUACAGGGAAUUUUAAUCCUGAGGUGCAAUGGUGGGCUAGUCACCAAAGAAUGAAAUUCAGCACACGGGACAGAGAUAAUGACAACUACGAAGGGAAUUGUGCAGAAGAAGAUCAGUCUGGCUGGUGGUUUAACAGGUGUCACUCUGCAAACCUGAAUGGCUUAUACCACAAGGGCCCCUACGCUGCUAAAACGGACAAUGGGGUUGUGUGGCUCACCUGGCAUGGAUGGUGGUAUUCUCUGAAGUCUGUGGUUAUGAAAAUUAGGCCAGAUGAUUUUAUUCCAAAUAGUGUUUGAUUUUCCCUGUUGGGCUUUCUUUCUGCAAUUCGUCUCGCUUUAAAGUGCUUUGAAAAAUUGGACCUCUGAACAUAUACAUACACACGUAGAUGGCAACUGUUACGUGUGCUACUUUUCAUUCCUACUGACCUUUGUUACUUAUUGCGCUUUCAGCACAGCAAAUACGUGAGUCCUUCAAAUAAAUACAGAUUAUUGAAUUCCUGCAUGCAGAAGUUUACGAUAAGCGCUUACGGUAAACAAAAAAUAAUACAACAGUGCAGAAAACGUACCAUGUUUAGGCAAUAACACGAGCAUAAGUACAUAAUAAAUUAAGUAUGAACGCCGUUGAAAAACACAUGAAAAAAACAAUAAAAAAAUAGAUUGGUAAAUCAACUAUAUAGACAAUAAAUAUUAUGAAUUAGGACGUGAA